AUGACCGAUAAUAAUUACUUGUCUCCCAAUCAGGGUGUCACCGCUGCCUCGGUGAGCGAGACUUCAAUUACAACCUCCGUAAGCUCCGCGAACAAAAGCCCCGCUCAGGAAAACGUCACAGCAUAUCGUACCGGUAGAUUUCAGCGGUUGUUUAGACAAUUAUGGAUUAUGUUAAGAAGAAAUUUCAUAUUACAAGUACGAUAUCGUAAAUCCACGAUUUCACAAGUCUUCGUUGGUCCAUUUCUCUUUUUAUUGCUCCUUUUCGUCUUGCAAAAGGCCGAUGAUAACGUGCGUUUAAAAUCAAACUUACAUCCGUUGUCAUACCCUUUGCUUGGAGUUCAACCUUGCCAGGGACGCACAACGUCAAACCCUUGUAUCAAUUUUAUGUUUACACCAAAUACUCCCGAUUCCGUGAGAAUUAUGCAAACCUUUGCUGAUAAUAAUGCAAAGCGAACGGGAAAGCGAUUAAACAUUGAGAGUAUUGAACUCGGGCUUGAUGACAAACCGCAAAAAACUCUUGACAUCGUCCCCGUACAAGAUGCAAACUUUAUAUAUAAUUAUACCUUGCGUCAUCCAAACGUCACAAUGUUUGCUAUCGAAUUUAGCCCUUAUCCGGGACCACCACAAAACUAUAGAUAUCAGAUUUGGUACAAUGCUACCUUGAUGUCGAAUAACUCGGAUAUCUUUGGCGAACAGGUUUUGUCCUUCCAGCGUGGCAUUGAUGAAGCCAUUAUUGCAUUCGCCACAAAUGAUUCAAACACGGCAUUAAAUGUUGAUCUCAAGGAUUGGCCCAAAGUUCCACCGACUCAACUCAAUAAUCAGAUUGUCUAUUCAUUUGGUGCUCCCUUCUUCUUUUGUGCGGAAAUGAUUAUUUUUAUCUCUAUUUUGAACACAAUCGUAACAGAGAAAGAAUUGAAAUUGAAAGAUAGUUUGGUGAUGAUGGGUUUGAAAGUUGAAAUAUACUGGAUUUCCCAUUUCCUUUCUAACGCAUGCUUGAUCAUCCUUUGUUCCUUGGUGACUUGCGUACUUGGAGAAAUUUUCGGGUUUUUCGCCUUCAGGAAUGCAAACUUUGGCGUAUUGUUCAUCACCUUUAUUCUCUUUGGUCUUUCCAUGGUGACUUUUGCAUUCUUCAUCACAACCUUCUGUCGUCGUUCUCGUGUUGCUAUACUCGUUGGCAUCUUGAUUCUCAUCAUUGGCCUCUUAUUCCAAUCUUUCGUAUUCUCCAAUGUUUAUAUUGGUUACAUAUGGUGGAGUAAAUCUGUCGCUUCGGCAGCUUGGAUUGUUUUAAUGUUCCUUCCCUUUUUCAACUUUGGUAAAUUCUACUUGGAUUUAUCAAAUUUGACCGCCGGUAAACUCGAUCAGUUGACGCAGACCGUCAUUCCCGGCCCCGGAUUCCAUUGGAGCGACCUUUACAACAACGUUCCUAGCAAAUAUGUGCUGGCGUAUGACUCUAGUGGUUACAAACCUACCGUGCCGGCACCUGUACAGAGUUGGUAUUUUUUGAUGAUGAACAUUGUGGUGUUUGGCUUACUCACCUGGUACCUUGACAAAAUCAUUCCCGAUGAGUAUGGUAAUUACCGAAAUCCGCUUUUCUUUUUGACACCCAGUUACUAUGGCUUCAAAUUCAAGAAGACUACGAAUUUGAACGCCUGGAUGACUAAGAACAAGAAGAUCGGUAAAAAUCAUGACGGUGAGGAUGAGGAUGUUGCAAAUGAACGCCUGCAUGCUUUCGAUGCCACUCAAGACUUUGCUAUUAGAAUUUGCAACCUGAACAAGGUUUAUCGAAAAUCCCUUUUUGUUGAAAGUAAACUCGAUAAGGUGGCUGUCAAUGAUUUGUGUUUGACAUUGAAGGAAGGAAAAUGUUUAGCAUUGCUGGGUCAAAAUGGUGCUGGAAAGAGUACUUCAAUAAACAUUCUCUCCGGAGUCACACCGGCCACGAGGGGUGACGCAUUGUUGUAUGGGUUCAGUUUGAAAACCGAAAUGGGUUCAAUUCGUAAUAUUAUGGGUGUAUGUCCUCAGCAUGAUAUUCUCUUUAAUGAUUUAACUGCGCGGGAACACAUUGAACUUUACGCUGGUAUCAAGAAUAUAUCUCCUACGGAGAUUGAGAAAUUGGUUAAUGAACGUCUGACUGCCGUACGUUUGAACAAGGUUGCAAACAAGCCAGCAGGAUCUUACAGUGGUGGUAUGAAACGUCGUCUCAGUAUGUUGAUCUCCACCAUUGGCGACCCUAAGAUCAUAUUUAUGGACGAACCAACAACCGGUAUGGAUCCGGUGAACAGACGUCACGUAUGGAGUUUCAUCGAGAAAUUUAAAAAAGGAAGAGUUAUCAUUUUGACCACACAUUCCAUGGAGGAGGCUGAUGUGCUGGGGGAUCGGAUAUGCGUCAUGGCUCACGGAAAAUUGAGGGCCCUCGGUAACACUAUCCACCUUAAGAACAAAUUCGGCACUGGUUACCGUGUAUCGCUUGUCACCAAUCCUCUAGAUUCACCAAGACUCAAGGAAUUAAUUGAAUCCAAAGUACCCGAUGUAAAACUGGAAGACGAUUCGGCUGGUGCUUUAAUUUACGAAUUACCAAUGUCAUCGUUACCCGCUUUGCCAUCACUGAUCAAAUGGUUGGAAGAAAAUGAUGAGAUGAGCUAUGCUGAUCCUGGAAAGAAGUUGGUUAAAGCUUGGGGUGUUAGUCAGAAGAGUUUGGAAGAGGCUUUCUUACGAUUGAUCCGCGAAGCAAAUCCCAAAGGUUAUAAUGUACUCGAUGAUACGGAAGGAACCGGUGUGAAAAUAAACGGAAGUUCCGGCUUGAGGCAACGUAAUGUUUCGUCUUCUAAUUCGUAA